UUCCGCUGUCAAUCUGUGGCUGAGCACCGUGGAAGUUCGAUGGUUCUGGACGAAGUGUGAAUAAAAUGUGAAUGUUGCUUACGAGUGUCGAAUGCAUUGAGUGCUUACCAUGGAUCUGUUGAGAUACUUGUCCGUGCUUGUGAUUUGUUUUGUGGAUAGCCAUGCCGGUGGACAUGGGGGCAAACACCAUGUCAAUUUGAAGAUACAUCUCCCCGAGUUUAUACAUCAUGACCAUCAUAAGAAGGUGAUCACUAUUCAUCAUCAUCAUCACAAACCGAAGAAGGAACAUCACCACCACCAUCACCACCACAAACCACACAUACCGCAUGGUCAUCAUUAUCAUCACCACCACAAGAAAACUUCCACCCAUUCAGUAUCAAAAGGACAUUCUAAUCAUCACGGCCACCACGGACAUGGUCACAGCCAUCAUGGUCAUGGCCAUCAUGGUCACCACGGUCACCACGGACACGGGCAUGAGCACAAGCAUCACGAUACACCAAUAACUUACGAUCCACCAGCAGUUAACUACGAACCUCCAACAGUUAACUACGAGCCGCCUGUAGUAAACUACGAACCUCCAAGCUACGAUUACACACCUCCGUCUUUUAAUCACAACGUUGGUUCUUAUUCACCCCCAGUAUCAAGCAUUCCUCGAACACCACAUGUACAUGGUGUAGUGCAUACAGUAAAGCAGGUUAAAGUGUUCGAUUCACUUCCGAACGCUUUGCCUGGAGCAACCAAUUCAGGUGGACAUAGUUACCAAGUCACAGAAGAGGGAAACGAGGAUGAUGACGUUUUCACCUCAGUAAAUGCUGCAUCACAAGCGUUUCCCGGAACGUAUGGCUUUGUUAAAAGUGCAGCAGAGCAAAACGAUCCAUUCUCCGCGGUAGCUCAACAAAGCUCCCAAACAAAUGAUCACAAUCCAUUUGCGAAUGCUAUCCAACCGACUUCAUACGCUAAUUUAGAGACAUUCACUGGAUCAGAUCAAAAUGAACCGUUUCCUUCGCAUUCUGUUGAAAGCGAUUUGCCUACGCAAUUCUCAAGUUCAGGCCACGGAGAUACAGGCUUGUCCGCUUUUGAUGAAUCAGAUGGUAAUUUGAUUGGUGGAGACAUCGGCAGUCGAGCAUUGUUGUCUACUUCUGGUGGAUUUAGUGAAGAUACCCCAGUCACAUUCUCAAGACAAGCUGGUAUUCAUGAAACGAUUAAUACGGAAGGUAUUCAAACCGUCGAAUAUUAAAUACGUAUACUAAAAAGAUUUAAGUGUUAAUUUUAUAUUAAAGGAAACCUAAUAUUUAUUGUAAGUGUUGGUAGAUUUAUAGGACACUAAAACUAUAACAUGUAACUAGAAAUUAAGGUAGAUUUUAAAUUUUAUUGUUAAAAUGUAUUGCUGCCAAAUUAUUAAA